UGUCGCGGUGAUUUUGAGGGGACAGAAGAGAAAGAAAGGGAGAAAGAAGAAACAGGGGACCAGGGAAAAACGGGAGAAAAGAACGGUGCUCGGGACUCGCACAUCGCUCGAUCUUCGAGGGUGCGAGAGACCAGCCAGAGAAAUAAGAAUUUCGGUGUGCAACUUGGAACCUUGUUAAGAAAAAAAAAAAAAAAAAAACAAAACGAUAGUUAACGAUAGUUUGUCGAUCGGUAGUUUUUAGAUCGCGAUCUGCCGAACCCGUGAUCAUCACGGGACGUCCCCGUCGAGAGACGUUACGCUAUCCUUCCGAAGAGUGAGACCGAAGGUUCAUCGACUCUAAUAACAGUUCCACGGGAAGAUCUCGAAGCACGAUUACAACCGCGACACGUAAAGAAUUUUCGAAUCGAAUCGAAACCGGCCACGCGUCCAUCCGGAAGAACACGUCGCCGGACAGGAUCGUCAGGGUCGUCUGCCGUUGACGACAGUCCUGGAUAGGAAACGGAAAAAGACUGCCGACAUGUCGGCCUUGAACGCCGGGCCUUGUCGACCCGGGAUUAUACUCUGUUUGGCUGUUCUACUGGCAUCGCAAUCCAAUUCUGCGCCUGUAUAUGACCAGGAUACCACACAAGUAGCAGAAUACGAUGGAGCCACAGCUGGAUGCUACUAUAACUUUCAACACUACGCGGAGGGCGAUAGAAUCAUAACGAACGAGCCAUGCCUGAACUGCACGUGUCACAAUCGAAUGCUGAUGUGUUACUUGAGGGUUUGUCCCUUCACCAAGGCGAUUGGCCAAGAUUGCACGGUUGAAAAACGCCCGGAUCAGUGUUGUCCUGUCAUCACCUGCCCAGAAGUGCCGGUACAACUGUUGACCUCGACUACUAGCGCGCCAGCAAUUUCCGGUUCUACGGCGGUCGGUUUCCACGACAAUUAUGGAUGCAAUGUUGACGAUCGGUUCUACGCGGAUGGUGCCCAAUUACCCACCGACCCUCAGAAUCCUUGCGAACUCUGCUACUGUAUCAGGAAUAGGACUACUUGCGUCAUGCAGGAGUGUACUUUACGUGUGGCUGGAUGCAAGCCUGUUUAUCAACCAGGAAUUUGUUGUCCUGUCAAAUAUAAUUGCGAAUACGACGAGGAACUCGCCACGACGGUUGAACCAACGCCCGGUCUAAUUAUGACUACCACGAUGGCCCCAGGAGCAACGCCGCAGUGCUACCACGAAGGAAAAGUUUACGAGGACGGUGACUUAAUCUACUCGACCCAGCCCUGUCAGCAUUGCUAUUGUUUCCGCGGUGACAUCGCAUGCGCUGUGCAAGAUUGCGGAACACCGAUGAAAACUCAUGGAAAGAAUUGCACAGCCUUGCCACCGCCGGAAGGAGAGUGUUGCCCGACCACGUAUCAGUGUGAAGAAGAUGGACAUGGUGGACUCGUUACAUUACCUAGAGGCGAGGAAUCAUCUACUGAGGAACGCGCUCCAGAGACUACAGUUGCAACUGUGACAACAGCUGAGAAAGAAGCACUUCAUCCUGAAACAACAGAAGAGACCUUCCCAGGUUCUGACAACGUCAUUCCUCAAGAUCACGAAAUUGUAACCACCCAAGCGCCAGUUGAAAGCGCGCCGUCUACAGAAGAACCCAAAAAAGAAGAAGUUCCUUCUUUGGAAGAAACCGCUGCUCCAGAAACUCCAACAACUCAAAAAGAAACUGAAGGUACUGUAGCAGUGACAGAAGCAUCUAGCGCAGCACCAAAAUUAACCGAAUCACCCGAAGGAGCAAAGGCCGAAGCGACAGAAGCACCAUCCGUAGAAGAAAAGGGUGAAGAAACGGCUACUAAACCUGCAGAAGAAACUACUCAAGAAGUCACCGAAAUAUCAGUUCCAGAAGAAGUACCAGAAUCGUCACCAAAACUGGAGACUACACCGCAAGAGGUAACUACGGCAAGAGGGGAAGAAAGACCAGAGGUAGUUACUGAACAAGCAAUGCCAGAAGAAACACAAACUGAAAGUAAGGUGCCUGAAGAAACACAACCUGAAUUGCCAAGCGAAGAGAAACCAACGAAAGAAAGUGUGACUGUUUCGGAGAAAGAGCCAAGUGUUACUGAAGAGACAGUACCUACAAAGGAGCAUCCAGUGGAGGAAACUGAGAUGCCUACGCAAGCACCAGAGUUUCCAAGCGAAGCACCAGAAGUUCUCAGCGAAGAAAAGGGAACAUCUCCAAUUUAUGAAGCAGAAGCGACAACAGUUAAAACAUUGGGCGAAGGGGAAGUAAUUGAAGAAGUCAAAACGACUAAAACUCCUGCCACUGAAUCAGAACAGAAAUUGUCUACAGAGGCACCCAUUGAAGAGAAACCAGAAGAAGUCGCAACACCUGAGACUGAGAAACCUAUUGAAGAGGUUCCAAGCACAGAACAAGUUCCCCAACAACCUGAGCAAGUUCUCGAAGAAGAAAAGGAGAAACCAGUGGAAGUGAGCACGGAGCAAUUAUCUACAGAAGUGCCUGCAGCGCCAGUAGAACACGGUAUAGAAGCAAUACCUACAGAAGUUCCAGUGGAACAGAAAACAGAACUACCAGUACUUGGACACAAGGUUCCUGAAGUGCCUGGACUGGCUCCCAAGAAAGAAGAUAUGAUUCCUCCUGAAGUACCGGAAACUAGUGAGCAUCCAGCUGUAACAGAAGAGUACCACAUGGAAGAGGGAACUCCUGUAAUUCCAGAACGUGGUCCACCAGGUAUCUCGAUUACGGAACGCGUACCAGAGAGCAAGGCAGAAGAUAAGGAUGCAGUAACCGAAAUUUACGUUACGGAAGGUUAUGUUGACAUGAAGCCACCAGAAUUCCAUGUACCAAGUAGUCUCGUAACUGAAGCGCCUGAGCAGAAAGGUUCGUCCAUGUAUGUACCUACAAUUCAUGAAACAACGAUUGCUCCUAAACAAGAAGCUGUUCCUAUAGAAGAAGGAACUACGGUGGAAGCGCAAUUGCCCGAAGAAGCGCCUUCGUCCACUUCAAUUGCGCCAGAAAAGGCUGCAGAAGGUGUUCCUCCGGUUACGGAAGCUGGUGAAGUUCCGGGUGAAGAGAAAGAGAUAGCAGAAGCUGCUGCAAAGGGUACUGAACCUAGCCCUGCAACAGAGAUUUCAACAUCAGCCCCGGAAAUUCCAGAGGAAGUACCACAAGAAACUGAACAACCUAGUUUGCCAGAGGAACAGAGUACGGAAACAUCGUCUUCCGAAGUUUCACCGACAAAAGAGUCUUCCGAAGAACAAGAGUUACCGACAAAGGGACUGACUAUAGAAGAAUCUGGAGAAACCUCUUCCGAAGAAGUGAACGAUUCAAGCGAAGAAAUUACUGCUUCCAAAGAGAAACCGACUGAAGAAGCCGAGAAAGCACCUGAAGAACACGUAUCUGAAAUAUCGGUUACAAUUCCAGCUGAGAUACCUGUAACAGAAGAAUACCCAACUAAGCAACCAGCUAUCGAAGAGCAAACCGUAGAAACUGAGAAAAUAAGUACAGAAGGUGUACCAACAGAAGUCAACGCAGUGCCAGAGGAGAAACCUGCUACAGAACAAGAAGAACAAGGUACUGUUGCGCCGGGAGAAGCUUUGCCAAGCGAAAAGCCUGGUAUUAGUACGGGAGCUCCUGAAGAACAUGCUACCGAAAAACCAAUUACUGAAGAGGAAGCUCCAGUUACUAAGGAAGCUGAGGAGGUGAGCGGAGGUGAGCGACCUGAAGCAAGUGAGAAACCUGUCGUUGAAGAAAUGCCAAAAGAAACAACGAUUUCAGAACUCGAAGGUUCACCAGUAACUCAGGAAACGACGGAGGCUAAGGAACCAACGGAAGGCACCCUACCAGUUAAAGAUCACCCAACAAUGGAGCCAGAAGAAGAGAAAGCAGAAGCACCAAAGGCUAGUGAACAGCCAACUCUUGAACAAACUGAAGCACCGGUAACCAAAGAAACAUCAUCUGAAGGUGUAGUGCAAGAAGAACAAAAAACGGAGGAGUCAACGAAGGAAGAGGGCCCAACUGAAGGACCAAUGACUCCAUCUCCAUCGACCGAGGAAUCAAUGACUGAAGGACUAGCAAAGGAAGGAACACAAAUUCCUACAGAGGCGCAUCCGCCAACUAAACCUCCUAUUAGUGAACGUAAAGAAGAUGAAAUGGGUGCAGAAAAGCUGCCUGAGGUAGAAAAAGGCGUUCAGAAGCCAUCUCUUGAAGAAGAGAAGCCAACUGGAAAGCCUGUAGAAGGAGAAGAAACUGCUGCGCCAGGAGAAGCUCAAAUAACUGAAAGACCCCUUGAAGAUCAUAAACCUACUGAGAAACAACCAAUCGAGGGAGCUACAGAAGGAGAACAACCUGCGGAAGAAGAGAAACCAACUGAAGAACCUGUUAAACAAAAACCUGAAGAAGAAGAGAAGCCAAGUGAAAAACCAGAGGAAGAAGGAAAGACAGUGGAAGAGGAGAAACCAACAGAGGGUACUAUUGAGGAGGAGAAACCAACAGAAAGUACUAUUGAGGAGGAGAAACCAACUGAAGGACCUGUUGUAGAGAAAAGACCAACUGAAGAGCCUGUUGCAGAGGAGAAACCAACCGAAGGACCUAUUGCAGAGGAAACACCAACUGAAGGACCUAUUGUCGAGGAGAAACCAAGUGAAGGCCCUGUUGCAGAGGAAAAACCAACUGAAGGACCUGUUGUUGAGGAGGAACCAACAGAAGGACCUGCUGUAGAGGAAAAACCAACUGAAGGACCUGUUGCAGAGGAGAAACCAACUGAAGGACCUGCUGUAGAGGAAAAACCAACUGAAGGACCUGUUGCAGAGGAGAAACCAACUGAAGGACCUGCUGGAGAGGAGAAACCAACUGAAGGACCUGUUGCAGAAGAAAAACCAACUGAAGGACCUGUUGCAGAAGAAAAACCAACUGAAGGACCUGCUGUAGAGGAAAAACCAACUGAAGGACCAAUCGCAGAGGAGAAACCAACUGAAGGACCUGCUGUAGAGGAAAAACCAACUGAAGGACCAAUCGCAGAGGAGAAACCAACUGAAGGACCUGUUGCAGAGGAGAAGCCAACGGAAGGACCUGCUGGAGAGCAAAAACCAACUGAAGGACCUGCUGGAGAGGAAAAACCAACCGAAGCGCCUGUCGCAGAGGAAAAACCAACUGAAGGGCCUAUUGCAGAGGAAACACCAACUGAAGGACCUGUUGUAGAGGAAAAACCAACUGAGGGACCUGUUGUAGAGGAGAAACCAACUGAAGGACCUGCUGGAGCGGAAAAACCAACUGAAGGACCUGUUUCAGAGGAGAAACCAACUGAAGGACCUGUUUCAGAGGAGAAACUAACUGAAGGACCUAUUGCAGAAGAAAAACCAACUGAAGGACCUGUUGUAGAGGAAAAACCAACCGAAGGGCCUAUUGAAGAGGAGAAACCAACCGAAGAACCUGUUGCAGAGGAGAAACAAACUGAAAGACCUGUUGCAGAGGAGAAACCAACUGAAGGACCUGCUGUGGAGGAAAAACCAACUGAAGGGCCUAUUGCAGAGGAGAAACCAACCGAAGAGCCUGUUGCAGAACAAAAACCAACCGAAGGGCCUAUUGCAGAGGAAAAACUGACUGGAGGACCUGUUUCAGAGGAGAAACCAACUGAAGGACCUGUUUCAGAGGAGAAACUAACUGAAGGACCUAUUGCAGAAGAAAAACCAACUGAAGGACCUGUUGUAGAGGAAAAACCAACCGAAGGGCCUAUUGAAGAGGAGAAACCAACCGAAGAACCUGUUGCAGAGGAGAAACCAACUGAAGGACCUGCUGUGGAGGAAAAACCAACUGAAGGGCCUAUUGCAGAGGAGAAACCAACUGAAGGACCUGCUGUAGAGGAAAAACCAACUGAAGGACCUGUUGCAGAGGAGAAACCAACUGAAGGUCCUGCUGCAGAGGAGAGACCAACUGAAGGACCUGUUGAAGAGGAAAAAUCAACUGAAGGACCUGCUGUAGAGGAAAAACCAACUGAAGGGCCUAUUGCAGAGGAGAAACCAACUGAAGGACCUGCUGUAGAGGAAAAACCAACUGAAGGGCCUGUUGCAGAGGAGAAACCAACUGAAGGACCUGCUGGAGAGGAAAAACCAACUGAAGGGCCUGUUGCAGACAAGAAACCAACUGAAGGACCUAUUUCAGAGGAAAAUCAAACUGAAAAGACCGUAGAAGAGAAACCAAGUGAAGCCACUCCUUCUCAGGAAACUGUACCAGUAUCUGUAGAAAUUCCAACAGAAAGUUCAAUCGAAGAGAAACCUUUUGAAACUCCUGAAACAGCACCUACGGAAGUUCCUAGCGUAGAAGAAACUGCUAGUUCGUCUGCUCCGAAAGAGAUACCUGAAGUGUUGACAGAACUUCCAGAAGAAAGUCCAGAAGCUGCCAUUACCACAGUUACGGAAGAAGUUUCGCACACUGAGGCAGCACAAACAGAGGGUAGUAUGUCACAAGAGCAAACAACAAAAACUCCCACUAUUCACGAAGAACCUUCUACGGAACCAACUAUACAAGCUUCAGAGCAGCCUACUAAGGAAGAAAAAUUAGCAGAAGAGAGCACUCAGAAACCAGAAUUACCUGUUGAAGCAUCAACAGCAGCUAUUCAGAGUGAAACAACCGAGCAAGAACCUAAAGUGCCUGAGGUUGGUAUCAUGACUGAAACCCCUGAAGUGUCGCCGGUUGAACCUGGAGCUGUUGAGACAACAGCAGCACCUGAAGAAACGAAAUUACCAGAAGGGGAACAGGAAGUAUCUACUCCCGAAGAAGCUCAAACUGAAACUCCAUCGAGAGAAGAGGGAACAACUCAAGCUUCUCAAAAGAAGGAAUCAGAGGCUCCUAUUACAGAAGAGAAAGUUCCAGGUGUAUCACUUACAACACCCAAAGAAGGAGAAAUUCAAGAGACCACACCCUAUGCAGAAAUAGCGCCGAAGGCCACAACUGAACAAAUAGCCGAACAAUCCACUCUGGCUGAAAGACUUCCAGAAAAAGGAUUAUCUACAGAAGCUCCUUAUAUACCAUCAGCAAUUCCAGGAGAAGGCAAUUGUCUCGUCGAAGGACAAUCUUACAGCAACAACUCUAUAAUUCCUCCAGCCAACCCUUGCCAACUUCAAUGUCGUUGCAUCAGUAGCAUCAUUCAAUGCGACCUUGUUCAAUGCCCACCGCCUCCCAAUCAUUUAUCGAACUGCAUGCCAAUUUAUACUAGCAAGGAUGCCUGUUGCCCGAUGUACACCUGUGACUCGACGCCUACAGCAGGGUUAGAGUCCGAUAAUCAUAUGAUCGAACACGAAACGCCUAAAUACGAAGAGGAACAGAAAACUAUAUCACCGACAGCUGAAGUUCCAGUGAAGGAAGGCACAACGGAAGCUAUCAGGGAACAUUCGACUAUGGCACCAGAAAUGCACAUAUCCGGUGAAGAAACGACUGAACAGACACAUGCACCCGGUUUCUCCGAAGAAAAGCAAACGACUCCGAAAUCUGCGGAACCUGAACACGUACAAACGGCUACCGUUGGAGAAGCUGCCAAAGAGCCUGAAGAACAAACUCUUAGUCCAGUAUCUCCACAGAUAGAGUCUUCUAGUCAAAUACCUCCAGAGGAAGCGAAAGAAACUUCACCAGAAGUAUUAAGCACUUCUAUGAAAAUCCCAGAGGAACAGGUAACCAAGAUUCCAUCUACGGAACAGCCGAUCGAAGGGCAGACUUCUGAAGAGCAACCUUCAAGUACUGCUGCGAGUGGGGAACAGACAGUUGUAACGACAGAAGGAGUCCAAGAAGAACAAACUUCUGUUGGAAUUGAAAAGGAAGCUUCUACCACGAUAAGGCCAACGGCUGAACAACCAUCCAUUCCAUCUGCUGAAGAAGGAGAAAAAUCUGUAGAAGGCGAAGAACAAAUAACUGUUUCACCUGCAGUUUCAGAAGAAGGUAUAAGCAAGGAACCUGAAGUUCCAAGCUCCUCCAUAUUGCCAGAGGUUGCAGUGACGGAAGGUCAACUUUCAGUGAAUGUUGAAACUCAAGGACCACUAGAAGAAGGCACUACUGUGGGCCCAGAAUCAGUAACACAGCCCGAAGAAAAAGAAGUAAAGGAAACUAAGCCAGCUGAAGAAGAAAAACCUGCUCAACCUGAGCAACCUAUUACAGAAGGUGGAUUACAGACAGUCCAACCUGGUGAAGCAGAAUCUGAAAAAACAUCCAUACCACCUGUUGAAGUGUCUACUUCACAAGAAGGUGUAACAGCAGGCGAAGAACAUGAAAUGACUCAUGUGGAACAGGGAACUGUUAAACCAACUGAAAGUGAAACACCUGUAACGGCAGGAAUGGAAAUGACUGCACCUAGUGUGACUAAAGAAGGACCAAGCAGCACAGAAGCACUCGAAGAAGGAAUAACCGCGCCAUCAAUCAUGGGUGUAGAAACUACAAAGGAACCAGAAACUGUUUCAGAAACUACUCCAGAAGAAGAACAUGCCGUACCUGAAAGAACUGAACAACCUUUGAUACCUACUACUUCAGUAGAAGACGGAAUUAAGGAAACCGUAGUUAAGAUGACUACGACAACACCCGAAGAACAACCUGUGAAGGUACCCGAGGAACAGUUAUCAAGUUCUACCGAAGCUGCUGAGGUAAGCACUGAGCAACCUUCAACAUCCACUAAAACGGAGGAAACGACAGAAAAAGAGGGGGUCACUGAAGAACAACUAAAUAUCGUUAAAAUGAAACCUGAACAGGAAACUACACCACCACCUGAGGAGCAACAACCUGAAGUAAUACCAGCGGUGAAAGAAACAGCAGAAUCUGUUUCACCUGUUGCAGAGGAAACCACACCAUCGUUGGAAGCUACGCAAUCUCCUGUAUCUCAGGAAACUAUUACAGAAGCAACACCUGAAGCUAGUACAGUGAAAGCAGCUCCUGAAUUAACUUCUCCUCAAACACAAACCGAACAACCUUCAGUGGAGAAGGAAACUGGGGCACCUGCUACUGAAGAAGUGGCUACAGAAGGAAUUAAGGAACACCCUAUUGAACCAGAGGAGCAACCGGGUACUGAGAAAACAAGUAUAGUUGAAGGUAAAGUGCCUGAAAUUACAGCACCAACUGAAGUUCCAGAAGAGGUAACAAAGAAACAAGAGCAAGUGACAGAAUCUGUGGUACCAUCUGAGGAAACUACAAUGCAAGUUGUAACUGUGGGAGAACAGAAACCUGAAGAGGGAACUGAGGAACCGAUUGUAAAAGAAGGUGUGACACCUGCAGAGACGACCAAAAUGCCUGAUAUGGUAGGUGAAGAAAUUACAGAUACAAGAAAAGAACAACCUAGUGCAACACUACCUCCAGUUGUGGAAAUCAGUUCCACAGUAGCAUCAGAAGAAAUUCCAAUUUCGCCAGAACAGACAAUGGAAGGGCAGAAACCUCUAACAGAGGGCGAAGGUGUAACAGAAGAGAAGGCUACGACUGUGCCAAGUGAAAUGGGUUCAACUCCUGAAGAACAACCUUCUGUGACGGAAGAAAAACCGGAAGAAGAAAUGACGCAGAAGACUGAAGUACCGUCUGUGGAAGAAGCAACAGGCAAACCAGCGGAAGAAGCAGCAACGGGAAAACCAGUCGAAGAAGAAGCAACAGGCAAACCAGUCGAAGAAGAAGCAACAGGCAAACCAGUCGAAGAAGAAGCAACAGGCAAACCAGUCGAAGAAGAAGCAACAGGCAAACCAGUCGAAGAAGAAGCAACAGGCAAACCAGUCGAAGAAAAAGCAACAGGCAAACCAGUCGAAGAAGAAGCAACAGGCAAACCAGCGGAAGAAGUAGCAACGGGAAAACCAGUAGAACAAGAACAGACGACUGUUGAAGAGCAAACAACUCCAGUAGAGGAAAUCUUAAAGGUAACUGAAGCUGUUUCUAAGACACCUGCCGAGGCUGGUUCUACUGAAAUACCAGUGCAGAUAGCGACUGAAGAAGCAACAGAACAAGGACUACCUGCGAUACCAGAAAAAGCACUUCCUACCGAAGGACCGGCGCAAGCUACCGAAGGACCUGCGCAAGCUACAGAAGAACCUGUGCAAGUUACCGAAGGACCAGUGCAAGCUACCGAAGAACCAGUGCAAGCUACUGAAGGCCCUGUGCAAGCUACCGAAGGACCAGUGCAAGCUACUGAAGGACCUGUGCAAGCUACCGAAGGACCAAUGCAAGCUACUGAAGGACCUGUGCAAGCUACCGAAAGACCAGUGCAAGCUACUGAAGGUCCUGUACAAGUUACCGAAGAACCAGUGCGAGCUACUGAAGAAACUGUGCAAGCUACCGAAGGACCAGUGCAAGCUACUGAAGGUCCCGUGCAAGCUACCGAAGGACCAGUGCAAGCUACUGAAGGUCCGCAAGUUCCUCUUCAAGCACAUGAAAAAGAAUAUUCGACCGAAGCUCCCGAAAACGUAACUCCCGCAGGAGAGGUCCCGACGCCAGAAGUUCCAGAGAAAGAGAUUCCAACUGCAGUACCAGAAGAAGCAAUUACUACGGAGGCAGCAGAGAAAGAACUUCCUAGUGAAGUUCCAGAGGAAGCUCAAGCUACCAAAGCACCAGAAGAAGAGAAGCCUGGCGAAGUAACUGAAAAGGCUCUUUUUGAAGAAAAGAAACCCGCUGAAGUAACUGAGAAGAUUCCUGAAGAAGGAAAGCCAGUCGAAGCUGAACAGCAAACAGUUGAAUCCGAAAAAGAAAUUCCUCAAACUACUGAAAGUAUUUCAUUCAAAGAACAUGUAUUGGCAUCAAGUUUGACUAAAAUUCCUCAAGUUGAAGAACAGACAACUAAGCUUUCUAUCACUACCGAAGAAGAAUUAUCGCAAUCAACUACACCAGUAGCUGAAGCCGAAGCAACCUCUCCUCAAGAAGGAGAAGUUCCAGUGUCUCCAGCUGAAGCUACGGAAGCUACAACAAAGGAAGCUGAACCAAGUCAACCUUCAGAGGGAACACAGCCUGCCGUAACGGAAGGACAGCCUGCGGUAACAGAAGCACAGCCUGUCGUAACGGAAGCACAGCCUGCCGUAACGGAAGCACAGCCUGCUGUAACAGAAGCACGGCCUGCUGUAACAGAAGCACAACCUGCUGUAACAGAAGCACGGCCUGCUGUAACAGAAGCACAACCUGCUGUAACAGAAGCACAGCCUGCUGUAACAGAAGCACAGCCUGCUGUAACAGAAGCACAGCCUGCUGUAACAGAAGCACAGCCUGCUGUAACAGAAGCACAACCUGUAGUAACAGAAACACAGCCUGCUGUAACAGAAGCUCAACCUGUAGUAACAGAAACACAACCUGGUGAAACGGAAGCACAGCCUGGCAUUCCAGAAGCACAAACUUCUACCAAACCAGCAAUCGAAACUUCAACACAAGAGGCAGAACACCCAGGAACUGAAAAGGCUCCUGAGGAAGAGCACGCAGUUUCAGCGUCAACGGAACUGCCUCAAGAAAAGAGUACAAUUGAACCAACGCUUCCUGAAGAGCACAAAGAAGGAGAAACUCACGAGCUGCCAACGGAACCAUCGGUUGAAUCAGCCGAGGAAGAAGAAGAAGAGGUAGAAGAAGCUGCAUUGCCGGAAGCACCUUCGACAACCGAAAAAGAAGAGCCAUCUGAAGGUCAACUGCCAAGUGGAUUUGGCGAGCAUCUUCCACCAGUGAAUCACACAUUUGAAACCAGUGAACGACCUAUACUACCAAGUCUAUACGAACGACCUACGAGUACUUUAGCUCCGCAAGUUCCUGAAUAUCCUGAUCAAUCGGUAACUGGAGAAGACAAUCCACACUUCCCUCCACAUGGUGGCAGUUACUUGAGUCCCGACGAAGAUUACGACGAAGAUGAUCAAGCUAUUUACGGACCAGGAACUUGCCGAUAUGGCGGCAAAGUUUAUGUAUCGGCGCAACAAAUUCCAAGAGAUGAUCCAUGCGACUUCUGCUUCUGCUUCAGAAGCGACAUCAUUUGUCUGCAACAAAGCUGUCCACCGCCGAUCCCAGGUUGUCACGAGGAACCGAUCAGUGGAUUCUGUUGUCCAAGAUACGAGUGUCCUGUAUCAAUGGCCACGUCGCUUAAUAUCACCACAACGACGACCACGACGACAACCACGUUGCCGCCGCACUUCCACGCUCAUGCAUAUAAGGGAGCUGCGAAACGAAGCGGCUGUCAAAUUCGCGGACAAGCGUAUCGUGUUGGAGAAGUUAUUAGGUCCGCGUCAGGACCUUGCCUUCAGUGCACUUGCGGUGGUGAUGGCAAUAUGAAAUGUGAUCCACGAGUGUGUAGUCCGGAGCCGAUGUUGAGGCAAAUGAUCGCAGCAGCUACGGCCAGAAGGAGGAGAUGAGCCGACCAACACGAUCCCGGGGAUCCGUCGAACAAACAUACGCACAAGGAAGUCUAGAGCAGGAUCAGUGUUGUAUAAAAGUGAAUUAAAAAUAUUCUAAACUAUCUAAAUGUCGCGGAAACACAGACUGUAAUGUGCUUCGGCGAUCACGAACUGAGUGGCCAAAACCGUAAACGUUUAUAUUAUAUUAUAUUAUGUUAUAUAAAGAGAAAAAAAAGAGAGGAAGAAUGAGAUAGAGAUAGGAAUAGAGACCGAGAGAGAGAGAGUGAGAGAGAGCGCGAGAGAGGGAGAGAUCGAUGAGCACGUGUAAUGGAAGGGACUAAAGGAACAAAAAAGAAAGAAACGAAGAAUUUAGCUAUGUAAAACAAGGCUCGUUUUUAGUGCCAAACGUGAAACAGAAACAAGCAAACCAGUGGAACGAAAAGGGAUAUUAGUGGAGAAAUAUUUCGUGAUAGUUCCAUGUCUUACGCCAUUAUCUUUUUUCUUUUUUUUUACACGUAAAAACGAUGGUUAUAAAGGAAGAGAAAAAGCGAUUAAUGAAAAAAAAGUUGCUGAACGUACGAGACUUAUGACUGUGCCUUCGUCAGUGCCGACAACAGCGGCACUAAACUUUCGUUCCGUGACAGCCAGACACGGCACUGAUUUUAGCCACGAUCAUCGUCGUUGAAGCUUGAUAUUCUCGAGGAAUCGUCGUUAGGAAUUAAAUGUGGUGAUGGGAUACAAACGAUAAAUGCGUUCCAAUCGAACGCGACCAAAAAAAGAAAUAAAUAGAUAAAAAAGCGAAGAAAAUAUACGAACCUUGGUACAUACGAAACGAUUUCCUAUACAGUGACAUUGUAACAGCAAUAUCAGAGAUUGUACGAGGGAUAACCACGAGAUCUUUUUCUUAGCGUAAAGCCUUGUUGAUUUCCCGCGUACGAUCGAAUGCGUGAGAAUUCGAUUCACGCGACAAGAAAUGUAAGCGCCACGUAGCACAUUGCUCUUGUAAUACCACUGUAGAAACUUGAACAACGAUGAUCCAAGGCGAUCUGCCGUACGAUCGCGAUAGAUCCAAAUCGUUUCAUGGCUGACACGCGUCGUGCGCUAACGAUCAGUCCACAUCUACUCACGUCUGCUGACGUUCACGCGUGUUCGAAUGCGAUCGAUAAGAUACUAGGAAUAUCAACGCCGCAGAUCCAUGACAAACUUACCAGUCAAUAAUUUCUUCCAACUAUUUUUUACGCAACAACAUUCCUCUAUAGAAUUUUUAUAAUAUCCUUUGUCUUCCUAUAAAUCACGAACGCGAUAAUACACCGAAUGUGAGAUUGGUGGGAAAGACGUAUUAAAAUUAUAAAAUCCCCUAAGCAUUAAAAUUUAAACGCACCAUGUCAACUGAAAAUUAUUUCUUAUUAUUAUAAUAAGAAUAAUACUUAAAAUUAUUGUAUAUUUGAAAAAGUUUCUACAAUAAGCAUAUAAUUUAGAAUAUAGAUUCCAGACAUACAUAACUUGUUAUUCUUUUGAUACAUAAAUCUGAAAUAUCAUUUUAUAAUGUUUAGAGUUUGAGAUUCAAGGCGACGUCAGUCGUCGUUUAAUAUUUCGAUUCCGCCAAUUGCACAUACGAGUAAAUUCCUUUCCUUAUCGCGAUAGAUCCGUGUAAUAAGCUAAGAUCGUAUUCAAGCACGCGCGCCUGUAUGUGUGCGUGCGUCUGUGUGCAUGGUACAUUUAUAUGUUUUAAAGAUAAAAUGAAAAGAAAGAAAAAGCCACAAAGACAAGACGAAAGGUACGCGUAUCUCAAAGCUCAAACAGCGGCUCGCGCGGAGGACCGAACGCGAAUUUGCUUCUCCGGCGAGCUGGCGUCAUUAUACAUAUAUAUAUAAAUAUAUAUAUAAAUAUAAAUAUAUACAUUUA